AUGGAUUUUUUGAAGGAACUAUCUGAACAAAUAUUUAGAGACGUCCUACUAAGAGUUCCGUAUAAAUCUCAAUGGAAGAUUAAGAAGUUUUUAAAACCUGCCAAAGAGAUGAUGGAAUGUUUCCAAUAUUAUCAAGAUAGAAUUAAGUUUGGGCUGAGUAAGAAAUUCAUAUGUUUGCUUUAUCCUACUGGGAUAACUCUAUAUGACCCUGUCGACCAAUCAUCUAAAAGGCUCCCUCGUACUCCCACGGGACUUGAAAUCUGCCGUAUUUCUAGGAUUAUAUGUCUUAAUCAUAAGAUUGUUUUGCUAGGCUUGAAACAGUCUCAGGGUUAUACUGCAAAGAUUUUGAUAUAUGAUUUAUUAUCUUGUAAAUGGAAGCAAGGUGCUGAAAUUCCCACUGACAGAUUUGACCACAUGUUUGCAUUUUGUGCCUCAACUGAAGGAUCAAUUUACAUUGCUGGAGGAAUCUCUAAAGGUGGGCGUCCACUCCGUAAAGCAGCAAUUUAUAAAGUGGAUGAAGACAAAUGGGAGCUUCUUCCUGAGAUGAACCAAGAAAUUGAGAGGUGUAGGGGUGUUUUUAUUGAGGGAAUAUUUUAUGUCAUUGGUUAUAUGUGUUGUAAUAAAUGUGAAAGAUUUGAUCCCAAAACAGGAGAAUGGACAACAAUGCAAAGUAUGUUUGCACCAAUGCAUAAACAAGUUCUGUAUGCUUUUGGACAACUAAUUGCGUUUAGAAUUAGAGGAAUAGAUCAAUACGAUUGGGAAGGAAAUGUAUGGAGAGAGCUAGUAGCCCUCCCUCAAGAAAUUAAACUUUUUCAUCCCACAGCCACAGUGUGGAAUGAUCGAAUUUUGUUGUGCGGAUUUAAUUCGAAAUUUUAUAUGUAUAAACCUGGAGCAAUCUCCGAGGGGUGGAAUUCUGUUGGCCAGGUAGAUUUUUUGGAGACUGUCAUAUCUAUUGGCACAAUAGAAAUCUAA